GAUUGGAGCACCUAAAUCACAUGAUUGGGAGGGGAUUGGAACACCUGAAUCACAUGAUUGGGACGGGAUUGGGACACCUGAAUCACAUGAUUUGGAGGGGAUUGGAACACCUGAAUCACAUGAUUUGGAGGGGAUUGGAACACCUGAAUCACAUGAUUUGGAGGGAUUGGAACACCUGAAUCACAUGAUUUGGAGGGGAUUGGAACACCGGAAUCACAUGAUUUGGAGGGGAUUAGAACACCGGAAUCACAUGAUCGGGAGGGGAUUGGGACACCUG